UAACAUGAGAGGCUGAUUCGAUUUGGAAGCAGUUUGCUGGGGUGUUGGCAACAAAGUGUUUCAGCCCCUGCCUUCUGGGAUGGCUCUCUCCUGCUCACUGAGACUGAUACGCCUGCGCGCUUGCUGGCCGGUGAGUCUGAAACAGGCGUCUUUGAGCACUGCACCAGAUGAGGACUGCAGACAGGUGGCAGGGAGGAAUGAAGCAACGAGGAAAAGGUGGAUGAAGGAGAAAAAGCCUAGACAGGGCUGCAGCUUGCCAGGCCUGGAGUCCUCCUGGGAAGAGAGGUAUAGAACUUUUGCAGCAUAUGCUGUGAAGUCUGAGAGUCAGAAGAAGGUGUUGCAGACACUGACUUCUCGUCUGAGGGAGCUUGGUACAGACAAAGUGGAAAUCACACAAAGACCAGAUGGGCUUUGCUGUCCCCUCCAUUCUGUUGUCCCCUCUCCCGUCGUUAAUGGCUACCGAAACAAAUCCACAUUUUCUGUGAACCGAGGACCUGAUGGGAACCCGAAAACUGUGGGGCUCUAUGUGGGAACUGGCAGAGCAAGGAAUAUUGUCUGUGUGCGAGCCAACCACCUGGAAAACAUACCCGAAAAACACAAACAAGUGGCCCAGUGCUAUGAGGAAUUUCUUCAGCAGUCCCCACUGGAUCCCUGCCUCCUGUUUCACCAGGGUGGCCACUGGCGCGAGCUCAUAGUACGCACCAAUAGCAGUGGACACACCAUGGCCAUCAUCACCUUCCACCCCCAGGAUCUCAGUCAGGAGGAACUGUGUACUCAGAAAGCAUUGCUUAAGGACUUUUUCACUUGUGGGCCUGGAGCAGUCUGCAACCUGACCUCACUCUAUUUCCAAGAGAGCAUCAUGACUCGAAGUUCCCACCAGCAAUCCCCCUAUCAGCUCCUCUAUGGAGAACCAUACAUCUUUGAGGAGGUCCUGGGCUUGAAGUUCCGCAUCUCUCCAGAUGCCUUUUUCCAAAUCAACACAGCUGGGGCAGAAGUUCUGUACCAGACAGUUGGGAAAUUAAGCCGGGCUGAUAAGAACACUGUCCUUCUUGAUGUCUGCUGUGGAACUGGUGCCAUUGGUCUCUCUCUGGCUCACCAGGCAUCUAAGGUUGUUGGUAUCGAGGUGGUGGAGCAGGCUGUAGAGGAUGCCAGAUGGAAUGCAGCAUUCAAUGGGAUCUCAAACUGUGAGUUUCACAGUGGAAAGGCGGAGACGGUGUUACCGCAGUUCCUGAUGUCGCGAGAGGAUGACCAGCUCCUUGUUGCAGUGGUAAACCCAUCCCGGGCUGGACUCCAUUAUCGUGUGGUGCGGGCCAUUCGAAACUGCGAGGCCAUCCGUACGUUGAUCUAUGUUUCCUGCAAGCCUGAAGGAGAAGCCACGAGGAACUUCCUUGAGUUUUGCUGCCCAUCAGACUCUGGGAAGAAGCUUGUGGGAGAGCCUUUUGCCCCUCUAUUGGCUGUCCCGGUUGACAUGUUUCCCCAAACCAUUCACUGUGAGCUGGUGAUGCUCUUCACUCGCUGAGGGGCCAUCCUGGUUUAUGUGUUUUCCUAAAAAACAGGACUUCAUACCUUUAAAAGUUGAGGGUGAGAAAGAACUACAAAUGUUCAGAAAGCUGGAAUGGUCAUGGCUCUGAUUUAAUUUAUUCUUUUGAAAGUUAUAAAUUAAAACUCUUUUGGGAAUUCUCAGCCUGCCUCGCUGUGCUGUCUCUUGCAUAUCCUAUGAAGUAUGAAGCCAGUGUGCACUGAGAUUUUCUGUGUGAAAAGAUCCUCUAUUGUAGUUUCUCAUUCCCACUCAAACCCUAUCCCUUUUGCCAGGCUAUCAAAAUGGUUUAGACACUUCUUAACCCCUACUCUACUGUUCUGGGUUUUCAUGGGCAGGAUUUGGUGAAACUGCUUUAAAUAUACUAAAUACAAGUCAAAUCCUUUGUGCUUUCAGUACUAUUGCCAUGUUAUUUAGAUAUCAUUGAACUAGGGCUGUCAA